UCAAAUUUAAGAGCAUUUCGAGUUGGAUCUGUAGCUAUUCCAUUGUGCCUAACACAAAAUGGAAGGACAUUUUCUUCCAGUAUCUAAAAACAGUCAUCCAGUUCAACAAAAGAGUUGCUCACAUCACAUGGGAAUAAAUGAAGUUCUGCCCUUGCGAAAAAAAAAAAAAAAAAGAACAAAAACAGAAAACCAGCACCCCUACAUCAUGGGAAGGACUGAAGGGCUGACAGUGUUGAAGGGAGCACGGCCCAGCUCUGUGGCUCCUUCGGGCACAGAUGUCACACCCUGGAGAGCACCAGUUCCCCAGGGGGACAUGCGGGGAGAGGUAAGGAUGCCAGAUGGUGGACCGAGGUGGGGCGGGUACCAGGAUGAGGCAAGCGAGGGGGACCCCACUGCUCAUCCUGCCGCCGCACCCCGCAUUCAGCCAUGGACCAGUGGGCCAGGCAGCAGCGGGCUCUGGCCCUCCUCCUGGUCUGCCUGGCCCUCACCUUCUCCCUCACGGCCGUGAGCAGCAGCUACUGGUGCGAGGGCACGCGGCGGGUGGCAAAGCCGCUGUGCCAGGAUCGUCCGGGGGUGCUGCACUGCAUCCACUACAGCCGUGGCAGCAGCAACAAUGGGACCCAGCCCGUCCAGUACAUUUGGGAGAUGGGGGAUGACAAGUUCGUCCAGCGCAGGUUCCACGUGGGGCUCUGGCAGUCAUGUGAGGAGACGCUUGGGAGCACAGGUGAAAACUGCAGAAGUUUCCAGAGUGUAAUACCAGCUGAAGAGCAAGGUGUCUUGUGGCUGUCUAUCGGGGCUGAGGUCCUGAAUAUCCUACUGACAUUGACGAGUGCGGUCCUCCUGGGCUCCAGAGUGAGGCAUCACUCUGGGUUCCACUGGCUCAAGGUGGAUGCCUCAGUAGCCAUCCUCACCGUGCUUGCAGGGCUCCUAGCCAUGGUGGCCCACAUGAUGUACACAACCAUUUUUCAAAUCACCGUGAACCUUGGGCCAGAAGAUUGGAAGCCUCAGACGUGGGACUAUGGCUGGUCAUACUGCCUCGCCUGGGGUUCCUUUGCCCUGUGCAUGGUUGCAUCGGUCAUGGCCACAAGCAGAUACACAGCAGCCCGCCGGGAACUCGCAGAGAAAAAAAGUGGACAGAAGGGCAGUCGGCACUCUCCACAAGACUUCCAGAAACCCAAGGCUUCAGAAAGUGUUUGGGAUACAGAAGCUGCUCCCGGCCCUGCAGGGGGUGCCCUCAUCGGUGUAUCUAAGCACCUGCCACCAGAGGCUCCAGGCAGGGUGUCCAUGUGCUAG